AUGACUUCAAAGAAACCGGUCCACUUCGGACCGUUCGAAGUUACAGAUCAAAUCUUCUACCGAACCCCUCUCUCCUACUGUCUCGUAAACAUCAAACCCAUCCUCCCAGGUCACGUGCUCGUCAUCCCCUUCCGCGCAGCUAAACGCAUGACCGAUCUCACGCACGACGAAGUCACAGACCUCUUCACGACAGUCCAAAAAGUGCAGAAGAUGCUCGCUAAACACUAUUUCGAAAACGGUAAAGUCGAGGACGGGAGUUUCAACAUCAGUAUCCAGGAUGGGAAGUGGGCGGGUCAGACGGUGGAACAUGUGCAUUGUCAUGUUAUUCCUAGGUUGAAGGGCGAUGAGGAGGGAGAUGGGAUUUAUGAGCGCUUGCAGAGUGAGGAGGGGAAUGUGGGGGGUGGGUUGUGGGAUAAAAGACCGGUGCAGGAGGGUAGGUUUCCGAGGAUUGAGGAUGAGGAGAGGAGGGCUAGGAGUGUGGAGGUGAUGAAUGAGGAGGCGGGGGUUUUUGGGAGGGAGAUGGGGUUGUUGGAUGGGGAGGAGUAG